UGAAUUUGGCUCUGUUUUGCUGAAUGCGUGGCCAGAUCUUCCAGUAGGAGACUCUUUUGCAUCAUACAUCGAUCACCUUCCUUCCUUCUUUGCGUAUUCAAUACCUGCCACACACCUUCCAUCAUCGGCAGUGGGUGACGAGGGCACGUGCAGUUUGGAUAUAAUCAUUACUACUCAGUCGUUUUGCCUUCCUUCUCAUACAUUUUCCUUAACCUUUUCCCCUUGUUGUUCUUCUCUUUUGUGUUUCUCCCUUCUAACUCGCAAUCAUGAAGUGGGGGAUUGCACUAACAAGCGCCAUCUUGGCAGCCACGACAUCCGCACUGGAUGUUUCUGACUGCUCUUGCGGUUUCGUCGAUGCGGCAAAUGAUCAAGUAUGGACAGAAGCACUGAUCGUCUACUUCAACGAGACCAACACACUACCCGAAGAGUUUGAGACUCUCGAUUUCCAUCACAGAAGAGAAUAUGGUUACAACUCGCUGUAUCGACAGGGAGCCACUCCUGCCAACGCGAUCAUUGGCGACUACUCGGAUGAGAAUGUGAAUGAGCAGGUGAUGCAGCUCUGGAUUGAUCAAGGCACUGGACAACACUACGUCCAAGGUGCUGGUAUCGAGGCCAAGAGACAGGACAUGCAUUUCGGUACUUUCAGAUCCUCAAUGCGUGGACCGGGAAAGAACACUGGUGGUUCCGCAAUGUCAAUGCAGCUCUACCACAACCGCACAUCCUUCAUCGAAGUUGAUAUGUGUAACAUGCAAUAUCCGGAAGACGCAAAGUUCCUGGCUCUCAAGGACGGCGAGUUCCCCGACUACGAAUAUCAGCUCAACUACACCUACUUCGCAAAUGACAAGAAUGCAACCGCCGGUGGUGACCCUUGGGAGUUUGUGGAGAGCAAGAUCGACUGGACUCUGAAGCACGUCAACUGGACCAUCGGUGGAAACAAGACCAGAUCCGAGAAGCGUAGUCGUACUGACUUGAGCGAGCCUUUGCCUCUGAUCUUCAAGCAUUGGUCGAUUGGCGACAAGUACUACAUGGCCGGUCCUCCCAAUCAGCGCAACCAGGCCGAUCUCGCUUGGGUUCGUGCCUUCUUCAACUCAUCCCUGACUACCGAAGCCCAACAGCAAGAUUUUGAUUCCCGCUGCACCAUGGCCGACAUGUGUUCAGUCGAUGACAUUACUCUUCGUGGAUCGAGCCCUUAUCAGCAAGCUGCCCUGGUACCUUACAAGGCACCCCCACAAAGCAAGAGCUGGCGUAUUCCUGCCGGUGCUACCGCUGGUGCAGUCUUCGGUUUCGGUUGUCUCACACUCAUCAACGUUCUCUUCAGAAGAGCACCUUGGAAGCUGUUGCUGAAGAAGAACAGAGGCAAGAAGGUACACGUCGAGCCUGAGCUCAGCUCACCAUCGCCUUUCGUUCAGAAGCUUUUGGGAAUCUCAAUGGACGAAAAGGUUUUGAUUCCUGCGCCUCCACAGACGAAGAAGUCAAGUGUCGGAUUCGUCGAUGUUGCGACACCCGUCGGCGACAAGGACCAGCCUGCUACCGACAACAUGCGCAGAAGAAGUGUCAAGUUCUUCAACCCCUUCGACAAGGAAUCCGGAGACGACUUUGCACACAGACACGAAGAUGCCUACGCAACUGCCACCGAACUUCCCAGAAGCAUGUCCAGCUCUCAGCCCACCGACUGGCGCAGAAAGAGUAUGGCUUACCACGGCAAACUUCCUGAAAUGCUUCCGGAAAGAAGCGAUAUGGCAAGAAAGGUCAGAAAGGCCAGUGUCGCCUUUGCCGAUGACAGCCAUCGUCCUCGCAACCACAGCACAUUCCAGAGUAUCAAGGGUCGCCAAGGCAGCACUGUUAAGGCUAUUGGACACGUUCUCCAGCAUGGUAUGCACGACGCAGAACGCGUUGAGCCCAUCGAGCUGCAAGAAAACCUCAUGCACACCGACUCUGAGGACUCGGAGAAGGGCAAAGUGCACUCUGGAAGAAGAGAGAGCCAUGCAAACUUCGCUGGCGUCGUUAUGCGCGACCCCGAUACCCUCCAGGAUCUCGACCUCUCGCACCAGUCUCCGGAUGCCCGUCGCUCCACUAUUGCCAGGGGCAGGCAGCCCAGUGUGCUCGAGAGAUACCGCGAAAACCAUUUUGCUAGCAUCGGUGGUGUUUCCCAUGUAUCCGGUGUCUCCCAUCCAUCGCGUAGGUCGGUCUCAAUCAAGGACUGGAAUACCCAGGGGUUGCACGAAGUCGACAUGGUUGAUCCUCCUCACGAGUCGCAGAUCAAGACCAAUCGUCGUAUCACUCUUGCCGAGGCUGUUCCCGUCUCAGCCGUUGAUAUGCCCUUGCCCAAGGCAAAGGAGCAUGAAGCUCGUAUCAACUACCUCGCUGGUCUCGUCGCUUUCUCGUCUCUCGGUGUUACUGUUAUCCAUUUCAUGUUGACUUUCAACCCCUACGCCGGUGGUUUGAACUACGGUCAGCACUACAGGAGUGAAUAUUGGGCUCGCUGGACUGUUACUCCUGCUAUUCUCAACCCUAUCUGGCUCGGCCCCUUCUUCGUCACAUCUUGUCGUUUCUUGGCAGCCAGAUAUCUCCGCGACGGAGAUCUGGGUAUGAUUGCCGAGAAGAUGCUUCUCCGUGCACCUCGUCUGAUCUUGCCCUGCGUUAUCGUUGCCGCCAUCGAAUACCUGUUCUAUGAGCUCAACUUUAUGCAAUGGUUGUUGUACCUGCCCUCGAUCACCUGGUCUGAGUGGGCGUUCAUCUCCAACUACGACAACUUCGGCCACUACCUUAACGCCAUGCUGGAACUUAUGUACCUGAUCCCCAACGCCGCACCUCAAGUCGUAUCUCACUACUGUGUCGGUGUCUUGUGGAGUAUUCCUGUUCAGCUUCAGUUCAGUUUCGUCACCCUCUUGGCUGUCGUCAUGAUCCGUGAUAUCAAGACUGGCUGGAAGCGUUUCUGCUUCUACGCUUGGUGUAUUGUCGCUCAUUGGUACUCUUUGAGUUGGGGAUCCUGCUUCUGGGCUGGUUUGAUGCUGGCAGAUGCGCAGGUUACCUACAAGCUCAGCGCAAGAAUUCAGACUCGUCCUGCUCUCUGCUGGGUCUUCUGUAUUGGCUUGUGGAUCUUGGCUUUCGCCAGUGCCGCCAUGACUCUGCUUGAGGACCGUCUUGAUAUCACCACCAUGUCUUCGGAGAGAAACAUCCAUCCUGACAUCUACACUGGCCAGAAGCUUGGUGACACCAUCAGAGGUGGCUAUCCGCUGUACUUUGAGCCUCGUCUCAACACUCUCACUUUCUCCAUUGCCAUGCAAUUGUUGGUCGAGACCAGCACCUGGUUCCAGGCUUUCUUGUCGAUGAAGAUUUGGCAGCCCAUUUUCCCUCACGCCUUCACCAUCUACCUCAUUCACGGUUUCAUCUGGUGGACUCUGGGUGCGUACAUGGUUGUGCUGAUCGGAUCGAGCGGUAUCCCAUACUGGGCCACUCUUCUGUCGACGGCCAUCGUGUGUUACUUUACCCUCGCGUUGACCGUUCUCGCUCUCUCUUUCAUGACCGAGACCAUCACUGCAGCUUGCUGUCGCAACAUUGCCCGCUGGGCCAUGGAGCCCGUGGUGCCCAAGCAACCUACCCUGGAGCCCUUCCCUCGCAACCUCUUCCUCGACCGCACUGCCGAAUCAGCAGCAGCAGCCGAAGCCAAAGACGAAGAAACCGCCGUGGUCGGCAGAGAUUCCAUGGCCAGACGCCCGACCAUCAUCCCCGGCGCCAACAUCGACCCUCUCGCCAGACGUCCAACAAUCGUCGAAGGCGCCAUCCUCAACGACGCCGAAAAGGUCGCUCUCGGCACAACAACAAUGCCCUCGCCGAACCCGCAAGAGCACCAAUUCGAGCGCAGAGGCACUCAUGUGGUUGCCGACUUCGUCAUCGAGGAAGAAGACGAAGCUGACGAGUUGGACCCCAUGGACCCCAAAGCAUCGGCAACAUCGAGUUAUAGAAACUCGAGUACGGCGGGUGGUAGUUCGUCUUCGGGAAGUUCGAGGCAGGCUCCUUGAUCUU